AUGGCUGACAUAUCGCUUGAUGAAUUUAUCAGAAAGGGCAACAUUAAAGUUCGCGUUAGCAACACCCAGCAAGGAAAGGGGAAAGGAAAACCACAGAAAAAUGUGCCAGCACCAAAUAGAAAUGGCGGCAUUCGCCCACCUGUCAAAAACAUUGAUGCUCGUCAAAGAUUGGGCCCAAAGCCAGUUAUUGAUGCAAGAGAUAAAAUAAUCAUUAACAAAAAAAGUGGGGUCGGAGAUGCUCGCAAUAAAAUUGUACAGAAGCAGGUGCAGAAGGGGACUUUUGAUGCUCGAUCAUUGCUUCAGAGGCAAGCGAGGAAAAUUCAAGGCAAAGUUAACCGACCAGGGAACUUUAAGCAAGCUGGUGUUGUUGGAGCUUUGCCAUUACGCAGAACGCUGUCAAACCCUGCUGCUCAAGGCAAGGCACAGGUGAGAGUCACAGAUAGCGGGCUGUUCGUAACCCGUCCUGUUCAGAAAACUUUGGUUUCCCUUUCAGCUGGUGGUUCCAUUCAGGUCACUAGCAAGUCAAGACCAAUGGAAGGAAACUUUGCAAGUGCCAUACCUAUAAUUCAGAUACGUAAUGACAAAUACCGACAUCCCGCUCAGCAGAUGUCUCAGCAAAGUCAGCCAUCACAGAUUUACUCCAACCCUCCUCCAGCAAGACAGUCUCCAUUUACAGAUUACCGCUCCUCAGGCUACCCUCACACCACAUUCUCUACUCAGUCAAGUGGCUACAAGGACUACGACGAUCCACAGUUUAACGAGGCAUCCAUAGCCAAACCUGAGAUUCCUAAAAUAAACGUCACAAACGUUAGACCUCAUGAUGCAGGCAGUGUGAAACCACCAGUACCCUACAUGAAAGAAUACGCACAGCCACGGGCACCUCCAGGUGCUGCAACUGUGUCACAGGGUGCCAAGCCUACAGUAUCUAAAACAGUGUUGCAGCCAAGCAUGCUGGUUCAAGCUGGGGUGAAGAGAAAACCUGAGCAGGAAAUGUCAGGUCCUUUGAGAUUAGGCAGAGGUGGGGGUCCUGGAAUCGACCUUGGAACAGGAGUGGGAGCCUCAGCCAUGAAUAAAAAGAUGAAAGUGUCAGCUGUUGAUAUGGAUGUUGUUGAUGUAGAUAGCGAAGCCGAAGUGAUAAGUCCUCUUCAGGGUUUCAGAGUAAUGGUGACCAAUUUAUAUUCUGGUGUGACCCAAGAUGACAUCAUUGAACUAUUUGGAGCUGUUGGUCCUUUAAAGAAAGCCAAACUGCUGAAGCCUGGCACUGCAGAAGUUGUCUACGUCAGCAAAGAAGAUGCUUUUAGUGCUGUUCAGAAGUACCACAGCCGAGAGCUGGAUGGACAACCCAUGUAUGUGAAGAUGACAACCCCGGUUGGUGCUGUUGUUAAAAAAGCAGUGGGAGACAAUGAUCCUGAUAUCACAGGGGAAGCUUUAAGAUUGUAUAGAAAAGCUGCGGGAACAGGAUCACUGAUUGAAGCUCCCAUUGAAAUUCCAACAAUCCACCGAGCGCUAUUCAAGGCAGGACCCCCUGGACCUAACAAGUCCGUAAAAUUUACGGUCAAAAUUUAA